AUGUCGAAACGGAGAUAUGGUUUGUGGACAAAAGAAGAUAUGAAAAAGGCUAUUUUUGCUUAUCGAAAUGAUAAAAUUGGACUUAACGCUGUAUGUGCAAAAUAUGGAAUUCCUAAACCAACAUUAAAAAGACAUAUGAAUCAUCAAAAUAUAUUUGCAAAUGAAUCAAAUAAACAGUUAGGUAGGUGUAGUAUCUUACCUCCUGAAGUUGAAAAAGAAUUAGUUGAACAUGUUUUGAAACUGGAAUCUUGUAUGUUUGGAAUAAAUAGAAUAGAUCUUAGACGAUUAGCAUUUGAAAUUGCUAAAAUAAACAAAAUACCUCAUCAAUUCAACAAAGAUGUUGGUAUGGCUGGAAAGAAGUGGUAUUACCAAUUCAUGAAACGCAAUCCAAGCCUUAGUUUGAGAUUACCUGAACCAACUUCUAUGGCAAGAGCCACAGGUUUUUGUAAGGAAAAGUUUGUAUUAUUUUUCAAUAAACUUACUGAACUUGUUGAUAACCACAAUAUAACUGCAGAUUUGCUUUACAACGUAGAUGAAACUGGAAUAAGUACAGUUCACAAACCAAGGAAAGUUUUAGCUCUGAAAGGUAGACACCAAAUAGGUAUUACAAGUGGUGAAAGGGGUGUGAAUACCACUGCCAUAUGUUGUAUGAAUGCUGUUGGAUCUUUUGUACCUCCUAUGCUUAUAUUUAAACGUAAAAGAUUUAAAAGUCAUUUUAUAAGCUCACUUUGUCUUAAAUCUCUUGCAGAAAAUCCAGAAAAAAAAAAAGUUCUUCUUAUACUUGACGGGCAUUUAACACAUACAAAAAACCUUGAAGCCUUAGUUCUAGCUCGAGAUCACAGAGUAGUAAUGCUUUCUUUGCCAUCGCAUACUACUCAUAGGCUACAACCUUUAGAUAGAUCUUUUUUCAAAGCUUUAAAUUCUAAAUAUAAUACUGCUUGUGAUAAAUGGAUGCGAACCCAUCCAGGCAGAUGUAUUACUCAAUAUCAAGUAUCUCAACUGUUUGGCGAAGCUUACUCAAAAGUUGUUGGUAUGGAAAUUGCUAUUAAUGGAUUUAGAGACACUGGGAUAUGGCCGGUAGACAGCUCAGUUUUCCGGGAAGAGGACUUUGUACCUUGUGAAAUACUCAGUGGAGAGACGAGUUCAAAUGCAAAAGCUUCCCAAACAGUAAGUUUAGUCAUAGUUUGCCUUUAG